AUGUUGGAAUUUCUUGCAGAUAAUAUCUUCUCUGUGGUGAUAACUGUGUUCUUCCUGGCUAUCAUUCCAUGGGGAAGAAAUGUUUGGUUGAUAGCGGAUACACUGAUUUCUCUUGCGUUUGCAUUUGCUUGUAUUCUAUUUCCAGAGCGGCACUUACGAUUCCAGGUGGAUGGAGUGGUGGAUGGGGUACAUGUCCACAUGUUACGGAUGUUUGGAUUGAUGGUCCUAGGCACAUCAAUGUUUGGUGGCUGUGCAUUGAUCACAAAAGACAACACAGCAAAGACAUCCAUUCUGUGGGGUAGAGUCAUAGGAUUGUCCAUUUAUAUCAUGGCUAGAACACACAGCUUCAUCUACUUAAAAACUGGCACUACAUGGAAUCAAACGGCCUUGAAUUUUGGUAUCUAUGGAGACUGCCUGUGGUUGCUGGGUAACCUGAUAUAUGCUGUGAGCAUCACAGACUUAGGUGGAGCUAAAACCUCCCAUGGGUCACUGAAUCUCUUCCUAGGUUCUGAUUUUGUACAGACAUUCCUGUUUGCAUUCCUCUUCUUUACCUUCCCAGGACCUAUGUUGGGCUUUCAGUGUAAAGAGAAACUACGAGGCCUCCAUCUGUGCAUCAUCCGUAUGUUUGCAGCAUUCAUUUUCAAUUCUGCCAUCAUCUCGGGGAGGACUCCUAACUUCCCGUCCAUAACAGACAAGGUCAACUUCCUUACUAUCAGACUUAUUGUGAAUGCCUUCCUGGUGACAGCACAGCUGUAUACUCAACUGACCACUGACUACUGGACACAGUGGCACAUUUAUUUUGGGAUGGUUGGCAUGUCUAUUUGGUCCAUCAAUGCUGCCAUUGGCUACUCAAGGGCCAUCAAUGCCAUCAAACAAACCAAAACAGAAUGAUUUAGUGCUCAUGUAGAUGUAAAUGUGCAAUCAAAGGAAGUGUGAUGUGGGAACCACUUGGCAGUACAUUUCAGGAAAUAUUCUGUAAAGAUCUCAGCAUGUGUUGUGAAAUUUUAACAGGCUGUCCAACAAUUGGUGUUUGGUUUGAAAUAUUUUUGGGUGUUGUAUGUGGUAGUAUUUUGUCCAUAUUUUUUGCAUUUAACGUGGACAUGACUGUGUUAAUAAUUUUAGAUUUUUUUUAGUCAUUUGUUAUUAAUUACUUAAGAUACUCAAACUUUCUAACCAAAAGUGCUGCUAUCUGCAAUUUAUCUGUGGCCUUAUUUACUUCUUGAUGUCAAUUCAACUAAUCAAUUAUAUGAAAUUGUUUAAAGUAAUAUUUAAGGAAGAAUAAGUGGGUUUUUUUCAAUAUUGUAAAUUUUGUUAGAUCAAGAAGUCUGAAAUGUAAUAGUUUAAGUUUUCUGGAAAAGUUCUAAGAAUAUUUUCUCACCUGUUUCAUGCUCCAAUACCAGUUGUCAAAAACUCAUUUCACUUAAAAUUAUCUUCUGAUGAUAAAACCUAUAUAAUGUUUGUCUGUAUUUAAUUACACACUAUUCACAACACACUGUAGAUAAGCACCCUUCAAUGCUAGGAACUUGAUUGUGAUGAUAAUAAAUUGUGACUUCAAUAGAUCUAGUCGGGAUCAUAACUCUCUUCAUCUGAAUUUCAAUAACACUGUGUAAAGUAGUUCAUCAUGGAAUGAAUGUAUUCUGGUUUUGUUUGAUUGUGUGUUUUUGUGUGAUAUCUUUAGAUCAUUUAGUCAUCAUUGUGUACAUUACCAUUUAAACAUUCAUCCACAGUUUUGUUGCUCAAAAUUAUUAAUCUUUUACUAUGGUUUCCAGGAGAUGACAAAUGCAGAUUAUGAAUAUAAAAUGUGGACAUUCUUUAUGCAAUAGAAUACCAAAUUGUUAUUAAAAAGCUUAAAUUAGAUUUUACAUUUUGGUAAUAAUAGAGCAUUAUGUUCCAGCCUCGUCAAUUACCUGAAUAUUUCUUAGAAGAUUUAACUCCAAGUCAAAUCUAUUGCUGUUCAGAGCCACCUUAGUAGAAGGAAAAUGUAUAUGUUGAAAUGUUGAAUAUUGAAUAACAAUAUUGUUUAAACUAAGUAACAAUGUUACUACUAAUACGCUUUUCCAAAGGAUACAGCUUUAAAAGGAAUGAGCAUGAUCAAAAGGCAUCCUAAAUUUUGUUGAAAGAUAAAUUGAAAAUUAUGUUCUGAUGAUAUGUAGCACUGUGUACAUGGUGGAUAUGUGUAGACUUGCAUUAAUAUCUACAGUUAUCAUGUUAUUUGUGGUCAAGUCAGAAAAUAAAAGGUGAUACC